GGAAGAGGCGGGUCUUAUCAGGUGAUGUCAUCAGGCGCCGCAGGCAAGCCGCGGUUUCGAGUUUGGUGUGAGCUAGGAGCGCGGGACCAUGGCCGCAGCCGAUGUAGCUUUGGCGUCAUUGGUGACUGGUCUGUACGACGUGCAGGCUUUCAAAUUUGGGAGCUUCGUGCUGAAGAGUGGGCUCUCUUCCCCCGUGUACAUCGAUCUGCGGGGCAUCGUGUCUCGACCGCGUCUUCUGAGUCAGGUUGCUGAAAUUUUAUUCCAAACUGCCCAAAAUGCAGGGAUCAAUUUUGAUACUGUGUGUGGAGUACCUUACACAGCUUUACCAUUGGCUACAGUUAUCUGUUCAACCAACCAAAUUCCAAUGCUUAUUAGAAGGAAAGAAGCAAAGGAUUAUGGUACCAAGCGUCUUAUAGAAGGGGCUGUUAAUCCAGGAGAAACCUGUUUGAUCAUUGAAGAUGUUGUUACCAGUGGAUCUAGUAUCUUGGAAACUGUUGAGGUUCUUCAGAAGGAGGGCUUGAAGGUCACUGAUGCCAUAGUGGUGCUGGACAGAGAGCAAGGAGGCAGGGACAAGUUGCAGGCACACGGGAUUCGUCUCCACUCAGUGUGUACAUUGUCCAACAUGCUGGAGAUCCUUGAGCAACAGAAGAAAAUUGAUGCUGAGAUGGUUGAGAGAGUAAAGAGAUUUAUUCAGGAGAAUGUUUUUGUGGUAGCUAAUCAUAAUGGUUCCCUCCCUUCUGCAAAGAAAGCACCCAAAGAACUAAGCUUUGGUACACGUGCAGAGCUGCCUGGGAUCCACCCAGUUGCUUCGAAGCUCCUCAGGCUCAUGCAAAAGAAGGAGACCAAUCUGUGUCUGUCUGCUGAUAUUUCAGAGUCCCGAGAGCUGUUGCAGCUAGCAGAUGCUUUAGGACCGAGCAUCUGCAUGCUCAAGACUCACGUAGAUAUUUUGAAUGAUUUUACUCCCGAUGUGAUGAAGGAGUUAACUACUCUGGCGAAACGCCACGAGUUCUUAAUAUUUGAAGACCGGAAGUUUGCAGAUAUAGGAAACACAGUAAAAAAGCAGUAUGCAGGUGGUGUCUUUAAAAUAGCUUCCUGGGCAGAUAUAGUAAAUGCUCAUGUGGUGCCAGGCUCGGGAGUUGUGAAAGGCCUGCGAGAAGUCGGCCUGCCCCUGCACCGGGCCUGCUUGCUCAUUGCAGAAAUGAGUUCUGCUGGCUCCUUGGCCACUGGGAGCUACACUGAGGCAGCAGUGAGAAUGGCUGAGGAGCAUUCUGAAUUUGUGGUUGGUUUUAUUUCUGGCUCCCGAGUAAGCAUGAAACCAGAAUUUCUCCACUUGACUCCAGGAGUUCAAUUAGAAGCAGGAGGUGAUAAUCUGGGCCAGCAGUACAACAGCCCACAGGAAGUCAUCGGCAAACGAGGUUCUGAUAUCAUCAUCGUGGGUCGGGGCAUUUUAAUGUCAGCUAAUCGUCUGGAAGCAGCCGAGAAGUACAGAAAAGCUGCCUGGGAAGCUUAUUUGAGUAGACUUGCUGUUUGAGUGUCUCAGAUACAUUUUUAUGAAGGCCUUGAAGAUACACAGUCUCCCGAGAUGCCACUGCCUUGAAAUAAUAAGCUGCCUAUAAUACUGCUUGGAUUCUUCCAUGGGUCCUGGAUUGGCUUCUGGACUUAACCCUGGUCUACAGGAAAUAUUCAGUGAUGUGUGAUCACUCUAAUCCAUUCUUUUUCAAACUUUCUUUUGUUGAGAUUGAUAUUGAUUAGGCAAUCACAGUCCUGUCUGUGUUAGAAUCUUCCAUAUUUGAAGAUCCCCUAUCUCUAGAUCAGACUUUUGGAUUCUUUUAAUUGCCAUGAGACAGACAUUUUAGGCUAUCAAGAGGCUAAAGCCAGUAGAGCAUUUCAUGAGUCCUUUAUUCUCUCUAAUGUGGUGCUCUAAUAAUUCUUAAAUGCUAGCUUUUCCCCUCCUCUUCUGCUUCAAAGUUAUAGUCCAGGAUGUAGAUGCUCCUAGCACUGCCGUUGCUCACUCACCCGAGGGAGCUGGGUGGGGAUGCAGGUCAUGUAAGUGAGCCCCUGAGCCCCUGAAGCCAGUAUCUGGCUUCCAUUUCAUAACUCAUUUCUUCCCCGAGGCAACAGUGUAGACCUGUGCUAACCCCAGUCACUGCUUCCUUUCGCCUAAUUUCCAUUACAAAUGGACCAAACUGUUCCUUCAUUUAUUUAAAAGGACAGCAAUGUCAGUUCUAAAGUUUCAUUCAGAGGUUUGCUCGAGGAUCCUACAACAUUAACAGUGAUGUCAGCCUUCACAUUUAGAAAUGAAGACAAAGGAGAGGCUGGGCACGCAGGAAGCCCUCUCACUCUGGGCCCAAGUGCACUUUCUCCUAGAAAUUCCUCAGAGUUUCUGGGUGAUCCCUGGUCUCCAGUAUUGAUGUCGAUUUUUCCCAUUUUUAUAUUUCUUUGGUCUGUUCAGGAAGCAUCAAGAGGGGAGUGAAGGGUGUGGGCUCAGAUGAUCAUUUUGAAAUGGCCCCACUGAACAUCCAAGGCCCUGGGGAUCUUGAGCGGGGCCACGUGGCAGGUGCAUUUGAAAGCUCUCAGUUCCCAUUCCACCAGCACCUCCUAGUCUGCUUUUCCUUCUGCUUGUGCUCAUGACGACAUAUAGUGGCAGGAGCAAUUGCCAUUUCCUCCAGAUGACAGCUGUUCCCAUCCCUGACUGCCCCACUCUUCAGCACUCAGAGGGAAGCUGUUAUUUAACUCAGGUGCUUAUGUUGGAGGCUCCACUUAAUAGCUUCUGCUCUAAAAUCCAGCUGAGCUUUGGGUGCCAGUGCUGCUUCUCCAGAGAAGUUCCCUCUGGGAAAGGCAAGUUGUCACGGAAGGAAGGAAGUGGAAGAGGUGUGGCCUUGGGGCUACUCAGGAGGAGUGGAAAGUUAGGGAGGGAGUGGCAGAAGUUUUUCUAAUAAAAACUUAUAGAAACCUCUUGGUUAUCCUCAAAGUCUUGGUGACCUCAUGGCUGAGAGACCUUUCCAGUCGUGUGCUGAGGUCUCAAGUGCCCCCUUCAUGAACAUCACUCAUGCUGAUGUGGACUGAUUAUCAGUCUCUGGGUGCAGGUGGCAGCAGCCUGAGGGCACUCAACUUCCAUUCCCCCACCUCUUCUAAUGGAGUGGCUGCCCAGUCCAUGUAGGCGAGGUCCACGGACUCUGCCAGGCUCUCCAGAGAAGAAGACAGAUACAGGAGAUCAUUUCCUUCGAGGUAGGUGGGUACAAGGAACAGCAAGGAGGCUAGAUCUAGGGUGUGUGUGUGCGCGUGUGUAUGUGUGUCUGUGUACACACAUUGGGGCCAACUGAAUGUUCCUGGCUGGGGAGGAGCUGGGGUUGCUGACAGCCCAUCCUUGUCAGUGCAGUGCUGGUCUGUAAAUACAGUCUGGGCCUCCAACCCUGGGUUUGUGACUACAUGUGGCUCAAGGUAGCCAGGGCUAGGCCAAAAAGAGCACUUGAGGAAGCCCAGUAACCAGGCAAGGAAAGUAAAGAAAACCCCACCUGUAACAGGUGUUGGGUCCAGGAGAGCCAGGAUUUUAACUUGUGUUCAGUGCAGUAUCUCUACCUGGAAUGGGCUCAGCAAAUGUUUCUUAAUGAAUAGGAGCCCAGGUGCCUUGAGUGAGCUAAAGACAGUACUACUUCUGAAUAACAAGUACAAAAUGACACAACUUGUGUGUAUUAGGGUUGGGAGGAACUAGAAUAAAAAUUUGAGUUUUAAGUUUGACAGAAGAAAAUAUAAGGAUGGUGUGAUAGUGUUGAGAACUAGAUUUCUGGAAGAGCAAGUUGAAGAAAUCAAAAUUCAAAACAAAGGGACAAAUAAUGAGGGAAUAGAUGAGAGGCUCAGAGGGCAGAUCCAUGAAUAUAAGGAGAAGACAAUGAGGAAAUAAUUACAGAAAUAAUCAAAAAUUUCCAGUUUGAAAAAAUGCUUGUCUCCAGAUGAAAAGGGCCCACAGGUGUUAGGAACAGGUAUAUCCUGUCAAUUACAACAUCAGGGAAAUUUUAUAAGCAUCUAGAGGAAUAAAUUACUUGCGAAGUAGAA